AUGACCCCGGUCGUGCCUGUGGCCACACUCUUCGUGCUGUGCUGCAUGUGUGCCGUGCCUCUGCAGGGUCAGAAGCCGGGUCAGGUGGACCCUCUGACGGCGAACCGGGCCAACCCGCAGUGCUGGGACUCGUCCUCGGCUCUGCUGCUGGAGAUGCGCUCCCCUCGGAUCGCAGACACGGUGCCCGCCUUCUGGGACCUCAUGGUGUCCCUCAAGUCCUCAGACAACAGCAAACACACGGCGCUGUUCUGGGACCUGGCCGGGGUCUUCUGGGACAUGUAUGCGGACUGCGUGUUGUCCAGGAGCCACGGCCUGGGACGGAGACACGUCACCGCUGUCCACUCCCUGUUCACCGACAAGACGUUCAGGUUCAACAGCUCAGGACUGAAGACUCUGGCUUGGCUCUGUGUCAGAGUGAGACGCAGAGGACGCAUCGAGACCCUUAAGACCAAACCAAACUCACUCUACCACAAAUAAUCAUAACAUUUUGUUGAUUUAUUUAUUUAUGUAUUUAUUUAUUUAUUUAAUU